UAAUAUUGCUUUAUAUAGCAACAUUAUUUAUUUUUCGUUUUAUUUAUUAGUCUCCAUAUUUUGACUUUCAUUUUAUUAUUCUUUUAUAGAUUUAUUUUUGUAUUUAGGCACUCUCACUACUCCAUACAUGAGAUUAAAUGCAAUGCCUAAUAGAAAAGAAAUAAAAUCUAAGCACAAUACAGUAUUUUAAGCAAACUAAAAUAAGACUUUAACAAAAAAAAGCAAUCCUGACAGUGAUUCUGAUGUAGCAAAGUAAUAUUACGCAUCAUAAUAAAAUAUUGCACUUAAAAAUUCAUUUAAAACUUUGUAAUUUAAUUUAUAAAUUAUUUUCAGGCAUUGAUUAAUAUUGAAAUGCAUUUGUGCAUUAAACAAUUAAGUGAUUAUUAUUGAUGAAUCCAAUAAUAGUUUGUUAGAUUAGGCCUUGUUUUGAAACAAGACUACAAAAAAAACAAAAUUAGAGAAUCAGGAGGAUGAAAUAAGUGAAUUAAAAAUGAACCAUAAAGACCCGUGUCUACAUUUUUUUCAAAUUGAUAUUCUAUAUCCAAUACAUUUUUGGUCAUACCUAAUUCCAAGAAAUGAUCCAUCAGUAAUCUUUGCAUCUCCAAUAAGCUACUAAGCUUUUGUCAGAAGCACUUAACUGUGGUCUGAUAGAAUAGUUUUUUGUAAAACAACAUUCUCACAACAUUAAAUGACUCAAAUCGAACCAUUCUACUUGUCAAGCUUGAUCAGUGAGUAAGUCUAGAGAUGACCAAGCAUGCUUAUACAGGUUCUAAAUUGUACCUCAGUAGGAAUAAUCAGCUGAGAAAUACACAUCAAACUCUGUUCUGUCCAACACGUCAGUAGAUCAUCAUGUCGUGUUCCAGCAGCUACUCAGUCCUGACAAAGUUGAACAUUCCUGCAUAGUUUCUAUUUCAAGCAGUGAUAAAACUCAGUCAUGUACACCGAUCGGACACAACAUUAUGACCACUGACAGGUGAAGUGAAUGACAUUGAUCAUCUUGUUAUAAUGCAACGUUCUGCUGGGAAACCUUGAGUCCUGACAAUCAUGUGGAUGUUUAACAUGUAACACCCACCUAAACACUGCAGGUCAAGCAACCCACCACCUCCCAUGCCAACAACAGUCCUUGAUGCUAGUUGCCACCCUCAGCAGGACAAUGCACCCCGACAUACUGCAAAAACUCAUCAGGAGUGCGUCCAGAUAGCUCAGCUGGCUGAGUGGGUGACCCAUAAACAGAGGCUAUAGUCCCUGAUGCAGCGGCCUGGGUUCGGUUCUAGCUCAGGCUCUAUGCUGCAGGUCUACCCCCCAUUCUUCUCCCUACUUUCCUGUCAUCCCUCUACUAACCUGUCAAAAAAAGACCAAAAAAUUACUUUAAAAACUGCUCGGGACAGAGCUAAGCUGUUCACCUUACUUCCACACUCCCCAGAUCCAAAUCUUAUUGAGCAUCUGUGGGAUGUACCACUAGGUAGGUCCUGAGUCCAUUGCCCACUGGAUCAGAGGAGUUUCAGCAGCAUAAAGACACCAGUACAAUAUUAGACAGGUGGUCAUAAUGUUACGCCUGAUCAGUGGACAGCAAAGUGCAAACAUAUUCAAGGAUGAGCUCAAACAAAGAUUCUGUAAGUAAAUGUGGGAAUGGUUUAAGUUGGACAAAUCAUUGAAAUAUUCAAUAUCUGGUCCUACUUGACCUCUGACCUCUCACUGCUGACUGCAUUGAAUCAUUUAUCACAGGGACUCAUUUUAAGGUCAACGCUUUAUGAGCUGCUUGUGUUGUUGAAAACAAUAUUAAAUGAAGAGAAAAACGUUCAUCGCUGCACUGAAACAGAUUCUCACUUUGUAACAACAGAGCUUUUUUGUAGAAACAAAGCCUAAUCAACUUAAGCAUUAACUAAACAUUUGUUCACAGUGAAUACUGUGCUGAUUGCUCAACAGUAUUAUGGGUUUUAUAUGUCAGAACAAGAUCAAGAGAUUAGACUGUGUAGAUACAUGUAUACACUGCAGGAGGAAUGCAGAACAACAAUGGUAUGACUUUCAGCGUUGUGGUUAAUGAUGGCAGUACCACAAGCUGUGCUGCAUAAAUGGCUUAAGCCUGGGAGCAAAUGGAAAAAAAUCCCACCACCCCUACACUGAUCGUUUGAUUUUUAUGUAAACAUGUUCAAAUUAGAGCCGAAACUCUGUGUUUUCUUUCAUGUAAAAUCCAUUGUGCUGGUAUGCCAAAAACAUGUCACUGUGCUAAUCAUUCCCGACUGCACUGUGUAUACGACCAACUUAAUAAAGCAGCCAGCCUCGGGUCUGCCAGCGUUAUAAUGUCCGUGACAGAUGAUAUAAUAUAAAGUGAUUGGGCGUCAGUAAAUCCAAUUUAUGACGCAGAAACAGUUUAUUCCAAUAACUGGCCUUUGAGCUGUGGGUUGCUGUCACUUCAUGUUUGAGCUCAGAGGCACAAAUGGCCUCAGCAUAAAAAAUGUAAUUAUAAAUAAAUGUAAAACUUGUUUUGUAAGGCAAAAAUACAAGAUGUAUUAGUACAGACUGGUAAUCAGCUGUUACUGUUUAAAUCUUUAUUCCCAUGUAUUGAUAAAUGCAUUUUGCUGCACAUAUUUGCAGGUACUGUACCUGCACAUGCUUCAUUUCUAUCCUAUGUUAGCCAACUCCAAGCACUGGAGACUCAGUUUUAAGUUGAAAAACAUCAUGUGCUUUUGGCUUCUCCUUGCAUGUUAAUAGUUUGUCAGUUUUCUGAUGACUUGCACUCCUCUCGGUGGACUUUAUCUCGUCUGUGCGCAUCAGUGCAUAUGUGUGUGUCACGUGAUUCUCCUUAGCAAUAACUCCAACUGCCGUCACUCAACACCUGCUGUUACCUUAGCAGAUAGGAGGAAUCUAAAAACCAGAAGAACAAGUCGCAAAACAAAUCCAUCACCUGACCAAAGAGGUGUUUAACAGCGGAACAAGCAGGCGGAUACUGACACUUGGCAGCCAGGUAUGUAGAUGUUGGCGUGGACCAGCAGCUUUCCAGCACCGCUCAUUAUAUUUAAACUGCACCCCAGAUCCACCUCUGCCAAAUCAGCUGCAGUAAUAAGUAGUCAUUUCCACUUCAGGCUCAGCAGGCGAGCUCGUUUACGAUCAGCAUGUAGGAAAUGCCUGCUGGGUGGGAGGGACCAGUCAGGUAAACUGCCACCGUGUUAAGAAAACGCACACACAAGAAGAAAUAUUUGUUCUCCCCUCCAGCUGUUGAGUGGUACAGACGCCUGAAGGCAACUGGAAGAGUUUGAGCAACAUGAGCUCUCAAGAUGAACUGUCCCACGAGUGGAUGGACAGCCUUGGGAACUGCUCUCCAAGGAAAGAGAGGACUGGUUUGGGUGAAUACGGCCACCCUCUGGGAGACGACUGCGACACCUUGGAGCCGUCGUUCGUGGACACUGCGCAGCUCUUCCCACUCAUGGAGACCAAGCUGUACAAGCGGCGGUGGGUGAUGCUGUUCGUCUUCAGCUGCUACUCCAUGAGCAACGCCUUCAUGUGGCUGCAGUACGGCAUCAUCAGCAACAUCUUCAUGCGCUUCUACAGCAUCGACUCCUUGGCCAUCGACUGGCUCUCCAUGAUCUACUUCCUCACCUACAUCCCCCUCAUCCUGCCGGUCAUGUGGCUGCUGGACAGUCGGGGCAUCAGAGACGUUGUGGUGGUGGGUUCGGCCUUCAACUGCAUCGGGGCCUGGAUCAAGACGAGCACGGCCAACUCCAACAUGUUCGCCAUGACCUUCUUCGGGCAGUUUGUAUGUUCGGUGGCCACGGUUUAUAUCCUGGGGAUCCCGUCCAGACUUGCGUCGUUGUGGUUUGGGCAGCAGGAGGUGUCCACCGCCUGUUCCAUUGGCGUUCUGGGGAACCAGAUGGGUAUUGCCAUCGGGUUCCUGGUGCCACCCAUCCUCGUGCCUAAUGUGGAUGAUAUGACUGAGCUGGCGUAUCACAUCAGGAUCAUGUUCUACAUCAGUGCAGGUGUCGCCACCUUCAUCUUCGUCCUCGUCAUCAUCGUGUUUCAGGAGAGACCGGAGCUCCCUCCCACCCAGGCCCAGGCUCAGGCCAGGAGCAUACAACCUGAUGAGUAUUCCUACAUGGCCUCCAUCUUCAGGCUGCUGCGCAACAAACCCUUCAUGCUGCUGGUGGUCAGUUAUGGCCUGAACGUCGGCUGCUUCUACGCUAUUUCCACACUGUUGAACCGGAUGAUCAUCGAACACUAUCCUGGUGAAGAGGUGAAUGCUGGGAGAAUUGGACUGACCAUUGUCAUUGCUGGCAUGGCAGGGUCCCUCAUAUGUGGCAUUUGGCUGGACAAGACCAAAACCUACAAACAGACCACCCUGGUUGUAUAUGUCCUCUCUCUGGUUGGGAUGCUGGUCUACGCCUUCACCCUCAACCUGGGUCACCUGUGGGUGGUGUUUGUCACAGCUGGAGUCUUAGGCUUCUUCAUGACUGGUUAUCUGCCUCUGGGCUUUGAGUUUGCAGUAGAACUGACCUACCCAGAGUCAGAGGGGACCUCAUCUGGACUGCUAAACUGUUCAGCGCAGAUCUUUGGAAUCAUUUUCACCAUCUCCCAAGGGAAGAUUAUUGAUAAAUGGGGAACCUUAGCUGGAAAUAUCUUCCUUUGCAUCUUUCUACUAAUAGGGACAGUAAUGACAGGCCUCAUCAAAUCUGACCUCCGCCGGCAGAAGGCCAACCAGCAGACCGAGGUGCAGACAGUGAGUCCUACAGGCUCCAUCUCAUCGGUGCAGGACUACGGGGCCACGUCGUGCGGUCGCCCCUGGCAACGGCAGUCUUGACAAUAACCCGCAACCUCACUUAAACCAAAACACACACCUGCCAAGAAAAUAACAGCUGAUCUGGAAGGAGGCGCCUCUCCACCUGAAAUCCUGAAAGAGGGGAAGCUAUAAGAAAGACAGACGUUCCCUCUGUCAAAGACAUCAUGUACAGAUAUAAAAAAAAAGAAGUAGUGACACAUCAACAUGCAUAGAGGUGCACUAACGAUAACAGAGGAAAAAUCUGCUUUAGGGAGUGAGUAGAUGGAGACUGAAUCAUCACACUGAACUGCUGUCAGUGAUGUUUAACCUGCUGUACGUCUGGUGUCCUGUUUGGACGCCACACUGCAGAAAUGCACACCACUAUCCCAAGUGCAGCUUAGCUCUUCCCAAACCAUCAUGCACAUGGGGAGUGCACUGGGAAAGUUAUUUUUUUUAAAUCCCUUGACUAAAUAUAUUUAGUAAACUUUAAUUUUAUUCAAUAAGGGCAUUUUACUCGUCAUGUCCAGUGCACUUUAGUGACUCCAACAUACUGGACUGAAUUUUAAAGACUUGCCUCUGUAGCUUUUACUGCCGCCCUCUGAUUGGUGUUAAUGUAGUGUUUCAUGCAUUUAAUGAGCAAUAUUUAAACUGUUUCCUCAUAUUGGACCAAUAUUGUGUGUAACUGAACUCAGUCUUUACAUUGCUGAAGGUAUUCAUUUGAGUGUUCUGUUUUUAGAAUAUGCAUGUUAAAUGCAGACUAGGGACUGUGACGUCAUUUCCUGUCGUGGCAGUCGGUUCACCUGUCCGCCAUUCAGGAUCACAUGGAAGUUUUACUUCUGAUUACUGCUGAUUAUGAAUGAUUGAUGCUGUGCAUCUGAGUACACUUUGGAAGGUCACUUUUGUCCUCAUUUUACUGUAAGUGUCUCUACAAGAAGACAUUAGGAGCUAGAUGAACAUGUGAGAGCAUCUGGAACAUAAAGAAUGUCAGCACAGCACCACAUGAUGGAAGGAUGAGACAAAUCAACUCUACUGUCCUUGUCAUUUUGCACACUAAACUGUUUUUAUGUACACUUUUAGCUUGUAAAUGUGUUACUGAGACAUGUAGUUCAUGCUGUGUAGCCAGUAUUUAUGUUUUACUUAGUGUGUUGAGACAAACUGUCUGCCCAUUUUCCUAUUUUAUCAUGAUUGUUCUGUGAUUGUGAGAGUUAUUCUUUGAGUGGCGUCUUCGGACAUUUUAGCGUUGUGAAUUUUCUAAACCCUCAGAGUUUUCGCCAUUUUGUAUGAUGUGAACUGAUUUAGUUGACAAUAAAAAUCUUUAAACUGCAA